AGAACCUCGAAGGAUUGUUCGGCGAAGGUUUGAAUUGAAGGCUGUGGUUUGACCAUGGAGGCAGGCACCUUUUUCGAUCCAGUCGAUGAACAGGGUUUGUUGUUCUCGAAAUCCGAGUGAAGGAAGCACCGAAGCGAAACUUAAAAAGGAAUCCUGCCCUCCUGGAGCCACGGGCGAUGCGACUUGUGCCGCCGGGUGCCGCCGCCGCCCGCCCGGCUUCGCCCUUCCAGGCAGUCGGGAACUUGUUCUGAUCCUCAGCCCCGCCAUCGAGUCUCCGCUCUCCAUCCCCCUACACCCUGGAUAUGUUUUCUCCCAGACCUGGAUAUUUUUUUGACAUCGUGAAACUACGAGGGAAAUAACUGCGGGGCUUCUUUCUGUCUCCCUGCUUCUCCACACGGACAUGCCUUCAGUUUGGGUGGCCGAGACACCCGGUUCUAGGCGAAUGAACCUCUCCAGCCGCGAGGGAGAGAAAUGAAGGGAAUUUCUGCAGCGGAAUGAAAGCUCUGCAGCUAGGUCCUCUCAUCUGCCAUUUGUCCUUUCAGACUGCAUUGUAAUACCGGGCCGGACAAGUCGGACGAGAGCGAGGACCAGCCUCCCGGCCGUAUCUCUCGGCCCGUGUUUACUUUCCAUAUUUCUUUUCUCUGCUCUCCUGCUUCUCGGCUGGCCCAGGGAUGACUUCCUCGCUGCCGCGGCCCCGGCGGAUGCCGUCGCUCCUGUGGACCGUCCUGCUGGUCAGCACUGCGGCCGCUUCUCAGAACCAAGAACGUCUAUGUGCAUUUAAAGAUCCCUAUCAACAAGACCUUGGCAUAGGUGAGAGUCGAAUCUCUCAUGAAAAUGGAACAAUAUUAUGUUCAAAAGGUAGCACUUGCUAUGGCCUUUGGGAGAAAUCAAAAGGGGAUAUAAACCUCGUAAAACAAGGAUGUUGGUCUCACAUUGGAGAUCCCCAGGAAUGUCACUAUGAAGAAUGUGUAGUAACUACUACCCCUCCCUCAAUUCAGAAUGGAACAUACCGUUUCUGCUGCUGUAGCACAGACUUGUGUAAUGUCAACUUUACUGAGAAUUUUCCACCUCCAGACACAACACCACUCAGUCCACCUCAUUCAUUUAACCGAGAUGAGACAAUAAUCAUUGCUUUGGCAUCAGUCUCUGUAUUAGCUGUUUUGAUAGUUGCCUUAUGCUUUGGAUACAGGAUGCUGACAGGAGACCGUAAACAAGGUCUUCACAGUAUGAACAUGAUGGAGGCAGCAGCAUCAGAACCCUCUCUUGACCUAGAUAAUCUGAAACUGUUGGAGCUGAUUGGCCGGGGUCGAUAUGGAGCAGUAUAUAAAGGUUCCUUAGAUGAACGUCCAGUUGCUGUAAAAGUGUUUUCCUUUGCAAACCGUCAGAAUUUUAUCAAUGAGAAGAACAUUUACAGAGUGCCUUUAAUGGAACAUGACAACAUUGCUCGCUUUAUAGUUGGAGAUGAGAGAGUUACUGCAGAUGGACGCAUGGAAUAUUUGCUUGUGAUGGAGUAUUAUCCCAAUGGAUCUCUCUGCAAGUAUUUGAGUCUCCAUACAAGUGAUUGGGUCAGUUCUUGCCGUCUGGCUCAUUCUGUGACUAGAGGUCUGGCUUAUCUUCAUACAGAAUUGCCACGAGGAGACCAUUAUAAACCUGCGAUUUCCCAUCGAGAUUUAAACAGCAGAAAUGUCCUGGUGAAAAAUGAUGGAACCUGUGUUAUUAGUGACUUUGGAUUGUCCAUGAGGCUAACUGGAAAUAGACUGGUACGCCCAGGGGAAGAAGAUAAUGCAGCCAUAAGUGAGGUUGGCACAAUCAGAUAUAUGGCACCAGAAGUUCUAGAAGGAGCUGUGAACUUGAGGGACUGUGAAUCAGCUUUGAAACAAGUAGACAUGUAUGCACUUGGACUCAUUUAUUGGGAGAUAUUUAUGAGAUGUACAGACCUCUUCCCAGGUGAAUCUGUACCAGAAUACCAGAUGGCUUUUCAGACAGAAGUUGGAAACCAUCCCACUUUUGAAGAUAUGCAAGUUCUGGUGUCUAGGGAAAAACAGAGACCCAAAUUCCCAGAAGCUUGGAAAGAAAACAGCCUGGCAGUGAGGUCACUCAAGGAGACAAUCGAAGACUGUUGGGACCAGGAUGCAGAAGCUAGGCUUACUGCACAGUGUGCUGAGGAGAGGAUGGCUGAACUUAUGAUGAUUUGGGAAAGAAACAAAUCUGUGAGCCCAACGGUCAAUCCCAUGUCUACUGCUAUGCAAAAUGAACGCAACCUGUCACACAAUAGGCGCGUGCCAAAGAUUGGCCCUUAUCCUGAUUAUUCUUCUUCCUCAUACAUUGAAGACUCUAUCCAUCAUACUGACAGCAUUGUGAAGAAUAUUUCCUCUGAGCAUUCAAUGUCUAGCACACCUUUGACUAUAGGGGAAAAGAACCGAAAUUCAAUUAACUAUGAACGACAGCAAGCACAAGCUCGAAUCCCCAGCCCUGAAACAAGCGUCACCAGCCUGUCCACCAAUACAACAACCACAAACACCACUGGCCUCACUCCAAGCACUGGCAUGACCACUAUAUCUGAGAUGCCAUACUCAGAUGAAACAAAUCUGCAUGCCACAAAUGUUUCACAACCAAUUGGGCCAACCCCUGUCUGCUUACAACUGACAGAAGAAGACUUGGAGACCAACAAGCUGGACCCAAAAGAAGUUGAUAAGAACCUCAAGGAAAGUUCUGAUGAGAAUCUCAUGGAGCAUUCUCUUAAACAGUUCAGUGGACCAGACCCACUGAGCAGUACCAGUUCUAGCUUGCUUUACCCACUCAUAAAACUUGCAGUAGAAGUGACUGGACAGCAGGACUUCACUCAAGCUGCAAAUGGCCAAGCAUGUUUAAUUCCUGAUGUUCCACCCACUCAGAUCUAUCCUCUGCCCAAGCAACAGAAUCUUCCUAAGAGACCUACUAGUUUGCCUUUAAACACCAAAAAUUCAACCAAGGAGCCCCGGCUGAAAUUUGGCAGCAAGCACAAAUCAAACUUGAAACAAGUAGAAACUGGAGUUGCCAAGAUGAAUACAAUCAAUGCUGCAGAACCUCAUGUGGUGACGGUCACAAUGAAUGGUGUGGCAGGUCGAAACCACAGUGUUAACUCCCACACUGCCGCUACCCAGUAUGUUAAUGGGACAGUACCAAAUGGCCAGACAACCAACACAGUGGCACAUAGGGGCCAAGAAAUGCUGCAGAAUCAAUUCAUUGGUGAGGAUACCCGGCUGAAUAUUAAUUCCAGUCCUGAUGAGCAUGAACCUUUACUGAGACGAGAGCAACAGGCUGGCCAUGAUGAAGGUGUUCUGGAUCGUCUUGUGGACAGGAGGGAACGGCCACUGGAAGGUGGCCGAACUAAUUCCAAUAACAACAACAGUAAUCCAUGUUCAGAGCAAGAUGAUCUUACGCAGGGUGUUUCAAGCACAGUAGCAGAUCCUGGACCAUCAAAGCCCAGAAAAGCACAGAGGCCUAAUUCUCUGGAUCUUUCAGCCACAAAUGUUCUUGAUGGCAGCAGUUUGCAGUUAGGUGAAUCAACACAAGACGGCAAAUCAGGAUCUGGUGAAAAGAUCAAGAAACGUGUGAAAACUCCCUAUUCUCUUAAGCGGUGGCGCCCCUCCACCUGGGUCAUCUCCACUGAACCUCUGGACUGUGAGGUCAACAACAAUGGCAGUGACAGGGCAGUUCAUUCCAAAUCCAGCACCGCAGUUUACCUUGCAGAAGGAGGCACUGCUACUACCAUGGUGUCUAAAGAUAUAGGAAUGAACUGUCUGUGAAAUAUUUUCAAGCCUAUGGAGUGAAAUUAUUUUUUGCAUCAUUUAAAUGUGCAGAAGACAUUAAAACUGCUUUAUCUUCCUGUCAGUAUCCCCUCCCACCCCUGCAACAGGACUUGCUUUAAAUAGAUUUCAGCUAUGCAGAAAAAUUUAGCUUAUGCUUCCAUAUUUUUUAAUUUUGUUUUUUUUUAAGUUUUGCACUUUUGUGUAGUCUCCUUAAAGUUAUAUUUGUCUGUUAUGACCACAGAAUUAUAUGUGUGUGUAUCAAAAGUGGUCUCAAAAUAUUUUUUUAAGAAAAAAAGCAAAAACAAUGUAUUGCUGAUAAUCAGUUUGGACCAGUUUCUAAAGGUCAUUAAAACAGAAGCAAAUUAAGACAGGUUUGACUGCAGUGGUGUCUGGUAUCCAUGUUUUAUUUCUGGGCCCAAGCUAGUUUAUAUGUUGAACUGUUGUGAACAUAUUAUCUGUUGGACAUUCUUUUCUCUUGUGUUUUGUUUGAACGUGCAAUAGUCUAUAGUCCACAAAUAAGCUUUCUUAUAAGUUCUCUUCCUAACAGAGCACACAUUCUUCCAUGAGUACAUUUUUCUGCCCCACCCCCCAUACUUUUGGCAGGUCAGUUCUAUGACAGUGAAUUUUGCACAAGAGAAAGCAGCUACCUGAUUUCUUGCUUUCUCUCUCCUAAUGGAGAAUGCAGAAACAUUGUCUCAAAGGGCUCUAGAGAAGGAACUACCAAAACCUAAUUUGAAAUGCCAUUUAUUUUAACCUUCCAAGUCCUAAAUGUUUCUUUCCAGGCAUUUUAACAAACAUAUUUGGUUCUGGUUUUUGGAAGUUCAUAAGAGAGCAUAGAACAAAGUAGACAAAGUCAAAUAUUAGCCUUUUUUCAUUUUAUUUUAUUUUUUGUAUGUAUGUUCAUGUUCCAUAUUCAUUUAUUUAAGAAGCACAUUUUUAUCAGAAAACUUAUAGAGCUAUACUUAUAUGGAAUUUUUAAGUAGGUAGAUGGUUAAGACUACAUAAUGCUAUAGCCUUCAUUCUCUGAAUAGGCCGUCUUUCACUCAAAUAAAAUUACAUUUCCCAUUUAAAAUAACUUCAAAAAUAAUUUGUAGUUUUGAACUGGUAAUAUCUUUUUAUUCCCUUCCUAAGCAAAGCCUGGUGACUUUAUCUGAAAAUGAGUCCUCUUCCCAUGACCUAAAACACUGUGUGGAAAAAUCAUUCAUCUGGCAUGCCACAUCCCUGUGGAAGGAAGGAUUGCUGCCAAACCUAUCAUUUUUGAGCAGACUGAGGCUUACCUCUUUUUUCAUAACUGUUUCUUCACUAAUCCUAUUUUCAUAAUUUCUCUUUUUGCCAGUUUUUCGUAUGAUCUUUGAUAUGUGAGAAGCAUUUAUUAUUUACAUUAUAAUAGAAUAUACCUUUUAGUGAUAACAUGUUAUAUAUCCUUCAAAUCAUAUUGUCUUUUUAAAAGCUUCCUUUGCUUCUUUCAAUACUGAUAACUAUCUCUAAACAACACCUCAGCAUGUUUUUUUUUUAAUAAAGCACUUUAUGUCAAAUAAGGGACUUUUUUUUUUAUAAGCACAGAUUAUUUUCUAUCAAUUUGCAAACAGUGAUGAUCUCACUUAAUUUUUCCAAAUUCUCUAUAUAGACAUUAUUUAAGAUCUCAGAUUUCUAUGGGAGGUUAAAAAGCUAAGAGGAAAACACAAAUCCCCAUAUUCUUGCUUUUAGGUUUUUAUCUCUUGAACAAUAUUUUCUCACUCAUAUUCUUCUAUCUUCAUUUAGCUAAAGACAACCUAAAUUUCCCAAUUUUCUGUCCAAAAUAUUUAUGACUUACUAUAUAAGCCACCUUUUUUUUUUUUUUUUUGCCAUCUGCUAUGAUCCUAUGAGUUAGAUGUUACAUCACUUAACAUUUAUUCUAUUUUUCUAGUGCCCAGGACUUCCACCUUUUAUGUUUUAUUGGCCCUUCUGUUGAUUCAGAUCUUUAACAUAUUUUUCAGUCUUCUGAUAGUUAUUCUUCUAUCUGUGAAACAAAUUAUAUCUUUCCCACCAAAUUUUCACUUAGUUCUCUUGCCUUUAAAUGUCUUUGAACUGCAUUUCAGAAUAUUAUUUUCAAACAUUUGUAGGAUAUCUUUGAGUCAAAAUAAAUUAUAUUCCUUCUCCAAUUGAAAGCAUUGAGGAUAAAUAACCAUUGGAGGUCUAACAUCAGUUAGACCUGAUCAUCUUUUCCUGACAGAAGAAGAGUUAUCUUACAUUCUACUUUGUGUUUAGGCUAGUUGGUUUUAAUUUUUCUAGCAUUUUUUUUUUUGAUGUUGACUAAUAAAAUGCUUUCAAAAAUUUAUAUACCAAAUUAGAAGAAUCCUUAUAAGUUUCCCAUUUCAUGCAAGCAUAUUUAAAACAAAUAAUUUUCUUUCCCUAGUUUUUUUAGUAGACUCUGAAAAAAAUAGAAGUAGAAAGUAGAUCAUUUUAAUAAAUUUUAAAUUAAAUCAUAUAUCAGACUGAUUCAGAAUCUAAUCUACAAGCAGGCAAAAUUACUUAAAAUACUUGGUAACUUUAUUCAUCUAAUAAUAAAUGUUUCUUGAAGCUAA